GCUAGUAGCAGCAGCAUUCGAUCGGCCGGCUAAAGUGCGCUCCAUUGGGUCGACCCGUGGUCACCCGCUCGCAAUUUUGCGCACUCAGUUAUCACGAGCAUAGGAAAGCGUGCGCGCGAAACGGCGGCGAAAACCGAAUUAACCCAAGCAUCCGUCCUGCUCCUCGCAUUCGCCACACGCGAGGCUGCUUUCCGAGUGUGUACGGCAGACUAACUCCAGAUCUCUGCGAGGUGAGACUUUGGCGCGCGCGAGAGCCUCUCGAUAGUUGUCGACUAAACCUGCGAGGUAUAUUUGGUUUCGUACGUUAUAGUUGCUUGUCAUUUAAACUUUGGUUGUAGCGGACUUCAAUUCAAUUCUCGCGCGGACUUACCGAUUUCGGUUGUUCUGAAAAACACGCGGCGGAAACUAAAAUAAAUCGCAGCCAAAAAUUGGCAGGUGCUCGGUGGAGAGUUUAUGGUUAAUUUACUGAACGCAGCUCGUGCUUAAAAAGCGAUUCGGUCCAGUGUUUCGAGUGAGGACUUAUAAUCUUGGGACAGGAUAGAAUAAGUGUGAAUCCUACCAGGAGCAGUGAAAGGUAGUUACGAUUUUUCUCAGUAUUUUAGAGAAAAUCAAACAUCUUCAAGGGUACUGUGAGCAAUUGAAGAAUAAUCGACUUCCACGGUUUGAGCGAAAGGAGAGAGAGAAAAAAACGCAACGAAUAGUGCAAACGAUCAACUCAUCGUGUGCAACAGUCGAUUACCGAGUUGCAAAUUGAUCAAGCAGGAAAAAUAACAGUGUCGUGAAUAGCUCGUGGUAAUUUCUUCGACGAGUAACGAAGCAUAGAAGCAAACAAAUCGCCUCCAGCUUAGUUGACUGACACUAGUAAAUUGGUUGCUGAAUAUAGUGUUUUUGGGUAGUGCACCAGUGCUGAGGAAUAUCGAACGAGAUGACCGAGAGUGCAGGAGUGAAGCAAAUUGUCGGCGUGGCGGACAUCACCGAGAAUCGCAACAUAUGGCGCAUGUUGAUCGCGGAAUUUCUCGGCACUUUCUUCCUGGUGUCGGUUGGCAUCGGUAGCACGAUGGGCUGGGGCGACGGCUAUGAACCGUCGAUGACGCAGAUCGCGUUCACCUUCGGCCUGGUGGUUGCCACGUUAGCACAGGCAUUCGGCCACGUGAGCGGUUGCCAUAUCAACCCGGCGGUCACAAUCGGACUAAUGGUAACGGCUGACAUUAGCAUACUGAAGGGAGCCUUCUACAUCGUGUCGCAAUGUGUGGGAGCAAUUGCUGGUGCCGCAAUAAUCAAGGCCGCAACUCCCUCCGAUGUCAUUGGAGGACUGGGUGUUACCGGAAUCGACCCCCGACUGACUCCCGGCCAGGGAGUGAUGAUUGAGGCUCUCAUCACCUUCAUUUUGGUUUUUGUUGUCCAUGGCGUCUGUGACAAUCGUCGUUCCGAUAUCAAGGGAUCCGCACCGCUGGCAAUCGGACUCUCCAUCACGGCCGGCCAUCUGAGUGCGAUCAAAUAUACCGGCGCGAGCAUGAACCCAGCGCGUUCUUUCGGACCUGCCGUUGUAAUGGGCAAUUGGGUCGAUCAGUGGGUUUACUGGGUCGGUCCGAUCGUCGGGGGCAUCAUUGCCGGUGCGAUCUACCGUCUGUUCUUCAAAGUAAGAAAAGGUGACGAGGAAUCCGGUUCUUAUGAUUUUUAAAGCUCAAAAUCUCAAUCUCGUUGUUUCGUAUGACCAAUUUUUUUCCUGCCCAGCCAAAUCCGACAUGCACUAACCUGUAACUUUUAUUCCCGAUUUUUCUUGUCCCAUUCAUUUCUAGAUGAACACUAACAAAGUAGGCCAAGUGACUAACGACGUACAGUACAUAUAGUCGCGGGCUAGCCCAUCUCCCACAUAUGUAGUAAUCGAUAGUACCAUAAGUUAUCUAAUGUAAAAAUAACUAAACAAAAUCUACAUCAGCUACCAUUCAACUCGUGUGUGUGCGUAUUCUAACGAAAACCAAAUUGGACAAAAAAAGGACGCCGAAGCCAUAUGUGCAAGACAGCCAGCAAGCAAAGCAACGAACCUGUGCUAAAACAAAUUCCACCUGAAGUUGAUUCAAUUAAAACGCCAAAUUCGAGCAAAAAUAUAUUUUACAAAUAUUCACAUUUAGUAUUACCAGUACUGCACAUCUACAAGCUUUCGUGCACUUAAUGUUUGAAAACUGAUAAUGGUACAAAUUUAAGGAAAAAACGAAAACUCUGUAAUAACGUCUGGUGCCUUGAACUCAAAUUAUUACUCUAAAAAAUCACAUGAAAAUUUUUCAAAUUCAGCACGCUUCGGAACAAUUUUUUGGCCAUUGUAAAUAAUCAUUCACUAACCUAUCGUAGUGAGUUUUCCUUGAAACGGUUGCCUCCUGUUUCGAAAUUCAGUUUUCUUACCGUACAGAUCUGUUGUUUUGUACCUUCUUCUGUACAGAUCCAAAUAACGCUACGUUUAACCUGUAACCAUAAAAUAUAAAUUAAACCACUUGUACAUAGACCCUUGUUCGAAACUAAUAUUCACCCGUACACUAAAUUUCAACAAACUUUAGCUAAUAAGCUCAGGGUGCUGGGUUCCAAACAAAAUCGGUUGAUCACGGUUUAGCUAAUCGAUGUAUACUGGGUAGAAAGUAGAUUUAAUAACUCACACAAAAUUAACCCUCAUUUUUACCUAUACUACUACUAACGUCUGUUACAUUAGCUAAACUAAACUAUCCUCCCGCUUGGUGCAAACAAAACAUGAGAUUUCCUUUUAAGAAAAACGAACUAAAAAAAACAAAAAACUAUUACCGAUAUCAGCAAACGCCCCACGUAAGCUAUUUCUAUGUUAUGUUAUUGAAAAUUAAAAUUCUAACGAACCAUUUGUUACAACAUUCUAUUUUCGUUGAAAAUUUUUGCAUUGUUAUCGAAGUGAUGUAAUUGAGCCGCACAUGAUAAUUAAAAAAUUCCAGUCUAAAAUAAGACUCUGUCUACAUCGGUUACAGCACACGUUUCACACCAGAUUCUCGACGAGUUAUUAGAAAAUUAUUGUUAUUUAUGCAAACUGGUAUGGGAACACGUGUCUCAGUAUAUUUUUUUCCGUUCUUGUUUGCCUCAUGCUGUAAUAAUUAGCUCCUAGAAUCUGCGGUGAGAACUAUGCAAAAAUUGUUCGAUUAAAUCCCUUUUGUAUCUUCUUGUAUGUAUUAUAUACAUUGGAAUUUACACACGUUUUUUUUAAUAAUUUAAAUAAAAUAUGUUAAAAUGAAUAAGUAAACAAAA